AUGCCUGUACUCAACGUCGAGGAGGGACAACGGCUCCUCGUCGUUUCCAACCGUCUCCCGAUCACAAUCUCAAAGGAUGCAAAGGGCGAGUACCAUUUCAAGAUGUCCUCGGGAGGCCUCGUAUCCGCCCUCUCAGGGUGCAAGAAGAGCAUGAGCUUCACCUGGAUCGGUUGGCCUGGUUUCUUUAUCCCUCCAAAGGACCGCCCGCUUGUCGACAAACGUCUCGAGGAGGAAUACUCUUGCCAGGCUGUCUACCUCGAUGACGACGUCGCAGACCGGCACUACAACGGUUUUGCCAAUUCUAUCCUUUGGCCCCUCCUCCACUACCAUCCUGGCGAAAUGAACUUCGACGAAGCAAAUUGGCUCGCAUACCGUCAGGCCAACAUGCAGUUCGCCGAAGUCGUGCGCGAUCAGGUCCGUCCGGGGGAUAUGGUCUGGGUGCAGGAUUACCACCUUAUGCUCAUGCCGAUGAUGCUGCGGAAUAUGCUUCAAGGGGGCAAGGCCGGUGGACUCACGAAUGAGGAGAUGCCACGUAUCAUGGAAGGUGUGCACCAGGCACCGAAGCAGGCAAACGGGCACGAGCUCAAGAACAUCAAAAUCGGCUUCUUCCUGCAUACGCCCUUCCCAAGCAGCGAAAUUUACAGAAUUCUCCCCGUCCGAAGGGAGAUCCUUCUCGGUGUUCUGCAUUGCGACCUCAUCGGUUUCCACACGUACGACUACGCACGUCACUUCCUCUCUUCCUGUACUCGCAUCCUGGGAUUGGCGACUAUGCCCAACGGUGUCGAGUUCGAGGGCCGUUACGCGCACGUCGGCACUUUCCCCAUUGGUAUUGAUCCAGACCAGUUCAUUGACAACUUAGAGAAACCCGCUGUGCGGGCGAGGAUAUCUGAACUGGAGCAGCGGUUCAAAGGAGUCAAAGUCAUUGUUGGUGUGGACAGGUUGGACUAUAUCAAGGGUAUGCCACAGAAGCUGCAUGCGCUCGAGAUGUUUCUCGCGGAUCACCCAGAAUGGAUUGGCAAGGUUGUACUCGUUCAGCUCGCCGUCCCUUCGCGUCAAGACGUGGAGGAGUACCAAAAUUUGCGUUCGACAGUGAAUGAGCUCGUGGGGCGCAUCAACGGCCGAUUCGGCACAGUCGAGUUCAUGCCUAUCCACUUUAUGCACAAGUCUCUCCAGUUCGACGAACUCUGUGCGCUCUACGCUCUCUCCAACGUCUGCCUCGUCUCCUCUACCCGGGACGGUAUGAACCUCGUCUCAUACGAGUACAUUGCGUGCCAGCAGAAACGCCAGGGCGUGUUGAUCAUCUCCGAGUUUGCGGGGGCGGCGCAGAGCUUGAACGGGAGUUUGGUUGUCAAUCCCUGGGACCCGAGGCAGGUCGCAGAUGCGAUCUAUGAUGCCGUAACGAUGUUGCCGGAAACGCGUGCGGAGAACCAUAAGAAGCUGUUCAAGUACGUCUCCAAGUACUCAGCGGCAUAUUGGGGCACGUCGUUCGUCACGGAGCUGAACAGGAUAAAACAAGACGAUGGGAUGACGCGGUUGAUGGAUAUGGGCAUGCCCAGUGGAGAAGCGACGAGGGAGAGGGAAGGCACCAAGCUGGAACACGGUGCUGACGCAUAG